AUGGCCCGACCAAAGCGCGGCGCAGGCAAGAUGGGGGAGUCAGACAUAUAUGGGGAUAUGCUGGCGGAGGCCGGAGUGUCCGCUCACGCAAGCACAAGUGAGCGCCCCUUGAAGCGCCGGCGCGCAGGACCCAAGACGGACGACGUUGAUGGCGAGACCAAGGACGUCAACUCUUCUCCAGCUCAACUGGAGCAUCAGAAAAACCCCGAUGUGAAGCAGGACGAUGCGCCAGCACCCAUGGUGCAGACAAUGGAACGGGAGUCGGAUGACGAUGACGAUGAGGACGAGGACAUGGAGUUUGAAGACGUGGAAUUCGAGGCCUGGCUGCAAGGCGAUGCGAAACCGUUGCCGGAGCCACAAGCUCCACAAGAUCUGGAACUGAACCUCACUGCAGCCAUGACGCCAGCGAAAAGGCAGAUUGAACGUCGCAAACCGUUGACGAGGGAAGAAAAGGAGCGACGAGCGCAUGUUCAUCAGACGCAUCUGCUUUGCCUCCUCUCUCACGUCGCGAGACGGAAUCACUGGUGCAACGAUCCCAAGGUGCAGCAGUCUUUGCAAGCGCAUCUUCCGGAGAAGAUCGUCACGUUGCUCAAUCCCAGCCCGAACCUGUCGCAAUUUGGUCGGACGGAAAGCCUGAAAAGAGGGCUGGGCGAGUUGGACAAGCUGUGGAAGGCCAAGUUUGAGAUUACGGAACGAGGCAUGCGGAGGGCCCUCUGGGCCGAGGACGUCAAUCAAUUACAGGAUGUACGUAUAUCUGCAGACCCCGAACCUACGUUUACCUUUGCUGAUGGUAGUCGGCAGUAUGAACUGCCAGAAGACAUGGAAGUCUGCCAUGAUCGAGAGGACUUUCGCGCGGCGGCGAGAACGCUGCAAGGCUCUAGAGACGUUGGCGCCCAACUCUACUGUGCGCUCCUCCGGAAUGCUGGCGUCAGGGCGCGACUUGUCUGCUCGCUGCAGCCAUUGGCCUGCAUCUCAGGUGCACCAGCCUUGGCCAAGCCCAAAAAGGGCCUCGCGACGGCGAGCCUAUCGAAGGAGGACAGGGUGCGAGCUUCGAUGGCGAACCACGAGAAGAUGUCAAAAGCUGCGCGACACGAGAUCACCGCUGCGGCAGGGAGUCCCACGGCUCGACGAAGACUGGGCCAUCCAGGGGCUGCGUCCUUCAAUUUCGAGAGUCAAGUUGGGCGGUCGCAAGACAAGGCAAAAAGCUCCAAGAUCAAGACUCCCAGGACCAUACGCGAAUCACCGUAUCCCAUCUACUGGGUGGAGAUUCUGGAUGUCGGGCAUCAGAAGUGGCAGCCUGUGGAUGCGGUGGUCACGCACACGUUUUGGAAACCAAAGGCCGUGGAACCGCCCAUCACGGACAAGGAGAAUGUGCUGUCGUACGUCGUUGCUUUUGAAGGCGACGACACGGCACGGGACGUCACGCGACGCUAUGCCAAGGCCUACACAGCCAAGACACGGAGACUACGGGUGGAAACCAAUGUGCAAGGCGGCGACCGCUGGUGGCGCAAAGCCAUGAGACCGUUCCGCCGCAGGAGACCCGAGAACCUUGAUCAGAUUGAGGAUCAGGAGCUGGCGGGCGCGGAGGCGCGUGAGCCCAUGCCACGCAACGUGCAGGACUUUAAGAACCACCCUGUGUACGCCCUGGAGCGCCAUCUGCGGAGACAUGAAGUGCUCCUGCCGGACGCCACACCGUCGGGUACGGUGGCUGCAGGUACCAAAGGUCCGCUGGAGAAGGUUUACAGGAGGAAGGACGUGCGCGUGGGUAAAACGGCCGACAAGUGGUACCGCAGCCAGGGGCGUGAGGUGAGACCACUGGAAAUCCCUGUCAAAUGGCUACCCAAACGCGCCCGACCCCGGGGUCGCUUUGGCGGCUUGGACGACGACGAGAACGAGGACGAGGACGAUGACGAUGGAGGACAGAAUGGCGUGCCGAUAUUCACGGUCGAUCAGACGGAGCCCUACGUACCGCCAGUCGUGAGGAACGGAAAGGUCCCGAAGAACAAGUUUGGGAACAUCGACGUCUACGUCCCGAGCAUGGUCCCCAAGGGCGCCGUGCACUUGCGGAUGGAAGAGGCCGCGCGAGCAGCGCAUAUCAUUGGGGUGGACUACGCGCCCGCCCUCACCGGGUUCUCCUUCAAGGGCCGGACCGGUACGGCCGUGCUCACGGGCAUUGUCGUGGCAGUGGAGUACGAGGAGGCUAUCCUUGCUGUGGUUGAGGGUCUCCGGGACCUUGCAGACGAGGCAGAGGAGGAGCGCAAGCGCCUGGUUACGAUGCGCUGGUGGCGCCGCUUCAUGAUGGGGCUGCGGAUACGAGAGAGGGUGUGGGCGGGUGUGAGCGAGGAGGAAAGGCGGGAGGCGGAGAGGGAUGCAUUGAUGAAUGCGGAGAUGGAUGAAGACAUGGCGGACGACGAGAGCGAUUUGACGGAGGAGUUUGACAUGGAAGUGGAUGGCGAUGGCGGUGGGGGGUUCUUGGUGGACGAUGAUGAGGGAGGAGGAGGGUUUAUCCCGUAA